AUGUUAAGAACACGAACCGAUCGAAAGGUAAAUUAUCGAAAUACGUAUAUAAGGAAUUCCCGUGCAAUUGGUGUAUUAUGGGGAUUAUUUACAGCUUGUUUUGCUAUACUCAAUAUUGUCGUAUUUUUACAACCACAGUGGAUUGGCGAUACUCUUCAGUCUCCCACUGCCGGACAUUUUGGUCUCUAUGAAUACUGUUUAGUCAGUUACAACGAUAUAAACUAUGAAAGUAAUUGUAAAGGUACAUGGAGUAAUUUUAAAACAAUUUUAAAUCCCCCAUUUGCUGCAGCAACAUUUUUUGUGGGUCUAUCUUCAAGAAUCGUCUAUAUCAUUUGUGGAUGUUUACAAUUAUUAUGUACAAUAUGUCUGAUUAUUGGCGUUAUUAUUUACCCAUCAGGAUUUGAUAAUGAAAUCGUUCGAUCUGUAUGUGGUCAAGAAGCAAAAGAUUACAAUGCAGGCUUAUGUCAAAUACGUUGGGCGUAUAUUGUUGCAAUAAUUAGCAUUUUUGAUGUCCUCUUACUAUCGAUAUUGGCAUUUACAUUAGCACUUAAACAACCGAAAAACGUUAUAGUCACGAAUGAUGCUGAUACUAAAUAUGGUCAAUUAAAUGGCGGUUUUGGCGUCGACGAUCAACCGCCUUUGGAACAACAGAGAUACAUCUCAUUCAUAACCGUUCAAAUGCAUAUAUUCCAAAAGUUACGUGCCAGUUUUCGUCGCAAACAUCAUUCAGAUUCGAAAACACUGCUAACAGACGAGUUGUUGCAAGUAUCAUCUUCAAAUGUAUCAGAUAAAAUUGAACAAUUAUUAUUCAACAAUGAUGAGUUAAACAAAACGAAAGAAAACUCUACUUGUGAAAUAAUUCGUCAAAUAUAUCAUUAUCGUAUGAAUGAGUUUGAUAAACUAACGCUCGACAAAGAACAUCCCAAACGUUUGGAAUUUGAACAAUGCAUAUUGAAGAGUUUAGUAACGAAUAUGAAAAACGAUCAAGUUAUUAAUGAUCAGAAGACAAAUCCAUUUCAACGAAAUAUGCGUCUGUAUAAAUCGAUGCCAAUUGCCAAAGAGACGAUGAAACAUAAACUUGGGCUAAAAUCAUACUAG